UGUUGACGUAAUCGAUUACGUCGAUGCGUCCUCCCAGGCCUACUCUGAGGGCUGGCCAGUUGGUCAGCAGCGGAAACAGAGGUUGGCUACAGACCAGCAUUGGUGGUGGUGGUGACAGAUUAGUUCAGGAGGCUUAGUUGGAGGUCAGCAAUGGUGACAGUGGAUGGUGUCAGUGGAGUUGACAGAACACCUCAGUUGGCUUGGCUGUGCACUGAUGUCACAGAUCUAAGCCAACCACCAAUUUUUCUUCUGUUUCCGUGGGGCCAGGUCAUGGGAGCAGCAGCCUAAACAAAUAACCCUAGAGCUCCUCGGCCAGCUCCUCUACUUUUUCAACGGGAAAACCAGGGUUUCCCGGACCUGCAGAGAGAUGUAAUCUCUCCAUCGUGUCCUCGGUCUGCCCCAGGGCUCCUCACAAUGAGACAUGGCUGUUCCAGCCAUGUCUCAUUCCACCUCGCCCAGAUGGCAUCCUUGUCAGAUGCCCGAACCAGUAACUCCGUAUAAAACAGCUGACAAGGAAAUACAGAAUAGUUUUUUUGCAGUUAUUUGAUGUACAGGUCUCUUUUUCUUAUUUACAUGUUUUGGUUUGUUUCCGGGGUUUUUUUUUUUUCAAUCUUGAUGCUCAGAAGAGUAUUUGAGAGCUUCAGAGAUCGUUCAGACGUACAUUAAGUUCGUACACAGGUAUCCAGAAUAGCUAUCCAGGUGUGAUUUUAUUCAGAAAAGCUGUGCUUUUAUGGAGGCUACAGCUAAAUGUUACCAACUCCACAGUACAAUAUACAUUUUACCCCUGUUAAGAAAGUAUUAGAAAAUUGUUGGUAGAGAGGAAAGGAUUUAAAAAAAACCUGUUUUGGUUGGGUUGGGGACAAUAGAGCCAGAACAUUUGAAGAAUUUUUUUUUAUAAUAGAAUAGAGAAUAGAGUGAAUAUUUGCAGAUUUAUAGAGACGGAACUGAAAAAAACUACUAUAGCAGUAGUGAUUACUGAAUUGAAUAUUAAGAUUUCAAACAGAACAUCAAAUUUUAUAUAUGCUGUAGAAUUAUGUGCCAAAUUAUUUGCUUUAGAAUGGGUGGAAGAUAGUGGAAUUAUAAAAUUAAUAAUAUGUAGUGAUUCAUUGUCAGCAUUGUUAAGCACUGAAAAACGAAGUACCAUAAAAACCGAGAGACGGCAGUAGUGCAACACUGUUGGAUGUAAGCUGCCGUUAAAAAUAAAAGAAGAAAAAGAAGACACGGUAGCGGUUUUGAGCAGCUGAAAGACAAACAUUUCAGCUUUGCUUAAAUCUAAAAUUUGACGCUCAUGUAGUUACAUUUGACAGUCAAAUAUUGGUAUUCACUGAAAAUACCAUUAUUUAGAUAUAUAUAGACCAAACUAAGUGUCGGACAGGCAGAAGUAAUAACCCGGAAAUGUCUUCGUCACUCUGCUCGACUUUGCUGUUUCUCGGCAUCUUCAUGUUUGUCUCCGGAGAGGAGAAAAACAUCACAGCUGGAUCUGGACAGAACGUCACUCUGCCAUGUCGAGCUCCAAACACAAUAGGUGUAAAGUGGAGCAGAGCUGGUCUGGGAGAUGAAUAUGUGCUUUUUUACAGAAAUGGGCAGUUUGAUCUAGAAAACCAGCAUCCAUCUUUUAAGAACCGGGUGGAUCUUCUGGACAGACAGAUGAAGGAUGGAGACGUGUCUUUGAUUCUGAAGAAUGUGACGAUUAAUGAUGCUGGAACAUACGAGUGUCGUGUCUUCCCAAAAGGGAGGAACAAUGACCCCAUCAGCAUCAUCUACCUUCAUGUUGAUCCUCCAGGUCAGACAGGAGGACACACAGAGGAUGGAUCUGUUUGGCUGAUCGCUGGUCUGUCAGUGUCUGCUGUGAUUCUUUUUGCUGCUGCUGUUGGUGGUUUUUUGAUCUGUAGAAAAUAUAAACGGCAACAACAGAGUCAAGAUUCAUAUAAGCCUCCUGUUGAACAGCAGCAUGUUUGAAAUGUCUCAGAGAGGGAAAGGAGAACCAGAAAAGCAGGAGAAAAUCUGACUGAAAAAACUAAAACAAUACCACCAGAGUUGAAAAACCAGAAGAGCUGCAUGUUUCCAAAGAGAUUUCACAGGAUGGAUGAUACUGUAGAUACUCACCGUGCCUCAAAGAAGAAAAAAUAGACAUAAAACAAAGAACACAAGUUCAAUAUAUAUUUAUGAGAUUUAAAUACACACGUAUUGUUACAUAUUUACUUCCAACACUGAACAUUUAUGGCUUAUUAUGUAUUGGACAUUUGUAAAUAACAAUAUUUAUUAUUAGUAGUAUUAUUCAGUGUUUUUCAUUGUCAUGUCUUAAACAUUUCUUCCACACACAGGGUCUUCAUCAUUUCAUUGUAUGUUUUGUCUGAGAUGCCUUUUUACAUCUUGUUCGUAUGUGGAACAGUUGGUCCUGUGUUCAAUCAAAGAAAAGUGAGCAAAUUUGAAAGUAAGUAGAAAAAGAAAACAUUUGUUUUCAUAGCACAAGGUAAACAGUUUGAGUGAAUGCUCUGAAUCAAGGCUUCUCUUCCACUGAUGUCAACAAAUAACCUUAUGCUUUGUUUCCCCAAAGUAUUCAUGAAUUCAGGGACCUGUCUGUUUCAGAAACAGUUUGUUUUAUUUUCAGGUUCAGCUGUUUGUGAGAAUAAAGUUGUUCUGUUAAGUUUGAACCACACUGACUGAUCAUCAUGACUGGAAGGACAAACGUGAUAAAGAACUGAUGGAUUAUUGUAAAUUAUAGAUCAUCUAUUCCAAAGUGUUCAAGACAGCUUGACAGCUUCAACUGAACAACUGAAUGUUCUAAUAGCAAAAUUAAACCAAACCCAGAUCUGUGAAGGUUUUUUUGUUUUCUGGUUGUUUAAAUGUUUCUAAGGCUGAUCACAUUUUGUUUGUGUAUUUAAUGUGAUUUUGUUGUGAAUAAAAUUUUACAACACUG